AGGUAGGGUAGUUUAGUCAGGGGAUUAAGAAUUGAGAACGUACGGUACCGCCAUUAGUAUACUAAUAAAAGCUGUGUGUUCGUCUUCGUCUAUGGCAGAAGAAGAAACCGUAAGAUCCCAAAUCAAUUAGUGGUUUCGGUUCCAUCUCUCUUCCUCUCUCCUCCCUCUUUUGUUAACCCUAUCUUCAUCUUCCCCAGCACAGCCAAUUUCAGUGUUACAUUCCUUUUCUUCGAUUUGGGGAUCUGCUAAUUCAUUGUUAAUUUCUCUGUUUCUUCUCUCUGUUUUUCCUCAAUGGCGUGUGAUAGCUUCAGCGACAAGAACGCGGUAUUCAGGAAGCUCAAGGCGAAGUCGGAGAACAAGAUCUGUUUCGAUUGUAAUGCGAGGAACCCUACUUGGGCGUCGGUUACGUUCGGGAUCUUCCUCUGCAUCGAUUGCUCCGCCGUUCAUCGGAGUCUCGGUGUCCAUAUAAGCUUCGUCCGGUCUACAAAUUUGGACUCAUGGUCACCGGAGCAGCUGAAAACGAUGAGCUUCGGCGGAAACAGCCGUGCCCAGGCCUUCUUCAAGCAGCACGGCUGGACAGACGGCGGCAAAAUCGAAGCCAAAUACACUUCCAGAGCUGCAGAGUUGUACAAGCAAAUUCUGUCCAAAGAGGUUGCUAAAACUAAAAGCAUGGCAGAAGAAGAAGAAUCCGGCCUCCCCUCUAAUUUACCCGUUUCUUCAAAACCCAUCAAUGGCAAUGGCAAUGGCAAUGGCCUCCCCCACAUCAGAACCGAUAACCCUUCUAAGAAACAAGAAGCCCCUCAAAUCUCUGUUUCUGUAGUCUCCAUCAAGAAACCCAUUGCUGCCAAAAAGCCAGCGGGCAGGACCGGCGGACUUGGCGCAAGAAAAAUUACCACCAAGCCGAGUGAGAAUGUGUACGACCAGAAACCGGAGGAGCCAGCGACGCCGGUUUCGACGUCGACGGCCUACGGUGGACCGGCGAGUGCUUCCCCGUUUGGUUGUCGGUUUGAGUAUUUGGAGAAUGCGCAAUCUAACUCGGAGGUGAAUUCUUCUACUGGGUCUUCGCCUGUGUUGGGGCAUGUGGCUCCACCCAAAUCUUCUUCCUUCUUCACUGAAUUCGGAUUCGGGAUGGAGAGUGGGAACCCGAACCCGAACCCGAAUCCGAAGAAGUCGAGCUCCGCCAAGUUCCAGAUGGAGGAAACUGAGGAGGCGAGGAGGAAAUUCUCCAACGCCAAAUCCAUUUCCUCUGCCCAAUUCUUCGGGGGUGACCUGCAAAAAUCUGCCGACUCCGAUGCCAAGGCUUCGUUGCACAAGUUCUCUGGUUCAUCGGCGAUAUCGAGUGCGGAUCUGUUUGGACAGGGAGGAGAUGAUUCGACUCUGGAUCUUGCUGCAACAGAUCUCAUCAACAGGAUUUCUUUCCAGGCCCAGCAAGAUAUAUCUUCGCUGAAGAACAUUGCGGGGGAGACGGGGAGGAAGCUGAGCUCAUUGGCCUCCACGUUGAUUACUGAUAUUCAAGACAGAAUUCUUUGAUUAUUCCAACAACAACUGUUGAAUGCACAUUUGCAAAUUACAAUACUAUUGUUUUGCCAGAAGAACAACAGCUUUAUAUAUUGUUGCUUACUUCUUCUUCUUCUUCUUCUUUUUUUUUUUUUGAAUUACCACUUGUAUUUUUUAUUUUUAUUUUAAAUUUUUUUUCACCUAGUGAUUGAUUGUAAAGAAUUGUGCAUCACAAAUCUAUUGUUAUUAUUUUUUUGUUUUCUGAAACACAAAUAAGAUCGUUUCAACA